AUGGAGUGGAUGAGAAGAGUCCGGGCCCAGCGAGCUAUGGCACAUAUGAAAGCGAAAACAGGCCCUGAAGUUGAAGUAUCAGAAGUGGUGAUGGAGGAAGGGCUCGGCCAAUUCUCUCAAUCUGAAAAGUCAACCUCCCGCUGGAGAUUACCUUCUUACCGAAAAUCUUCUUUGGGGAGUGAGGAACCGCCAACCACCGGUCUCAGCAAGAUAGUAUCUUCCUGGGUAGAGCCCGGUACGGCUACGCCAGCCCCACCUUCAUGGUAUCCGGACUUCAGUCGAGAUAUUAUCCCAAAGGCAAUACAUUCACACAACGAUUAUUGGCGACAAGUGCCAUUAUUUGAAGCCCUAUCUGAUGGGGUCACUGGCGUGGAAGCCGAUGUUCACUUGAUCAAUGGAGAACUAUAUGUCGCACACAGCAAUUCUUCAAUCCGUACGAACCGCACCCUACGUUCCCUUUAUCUCGACCCUCUCACUUCCAUUCUGAAUAAUCAGAACUCCGAUAAUGGAACCAAUAAUAGCACAUCAAUCAAGGGGGUAUGGGACGUUGACCCAUCCCGAACUUUGGUGAUGAUGAUAGACAUGAAAACUGAAGGCACCGCCACUUUCGAUGCUGUGCAGGAACAGCUUACCCCCCUUCGCGAGAAGGGAUGGCUCACUGUUUGGAACGGCACAUCCAUCAUUCCCGGUCCUAUAACAGUUGUUGGAACCGGAAACACCCCCUUCAGCUCCGUUCUCAACUCCACGUCCACAAAUUCUACCUACCGUAGCAUCUUCUUCGAUGCACCAUUAAACAAUCUCUCCUCUGCCUACAAUAUUUCCAACUCUUAUUAUGCGAGCACCUCAAUCACGGCGCUUUUCGGUGGUCCACAUAAGUUUCCGCUUUCGGGCUUGACGCAAACGCAGUUGGCGACCCUGAAGACGCAGACUACGCGAGCAAGCGAAUUGGGACUGGUGAGCCGGUAUUGGGAUAUUCCAGGGUGGCCUGUGGUGCGAAUGAUGACAAUUUGGCGACAACUUGAGGAGCUUCAGGUUGGUAUGUUGAACGCAGACGCGAUCGAUGAAGCUGCGAGAUUCAAUUGGCGAUGGUGUAACAUACUUGGCCUGCAGCUAUGCUAG